AUGAGUCAAAUUGUGAAACGACUACAAGAAGCUUUGGAUUACCAAGUAACAGCAUCCAGUGGAUUAUGGCAGAAUGCUGCUCUUCAACAAGGACUUUCAACUUCCAAGGAUAACAGGAUCACACAAUCAGGUUUUAGAGGAGUGGACACUCGCUAUGGGUUUGUGGAUCAUCUCUAUCAUGCUCUUGCACGACAAGGAAUCAAGACUUACAGGGAUGACGAAAUGAUUGUGAGCCAUGAACACAUCAAUCCAUCAAAAUUGAAGGCUAAUGAAGAAUCACGAAUUGCUGUUAUCAUAUUCUCUAACAACUAUUCCAAAUCUUCCUGGUGCUUGGAAGAACUUGCACUUAUUAUGAAAUGCAAGGAUGAGAGAGGCCAAAUUGUUAUGCCCAUAUUCUAUCAUGUGGAACCCCAGUACAUACGAAAACAAUAUCAGGAAUUCGAAGAAGGUAGAUACAUGACAAACGUCAAGAAAAUUGAAUCAUGGAGAAAAGCACUAGUUGAUGCAUGUAACAUUCCCGGUUGGUUCGUGAACAACAGCCAUGAGUAA